AGUCGAGCAGCGCGACGGAUCAUUCAUUUUCCCCUUAGCUCCCAUCCAUCAUCACGUCCGCCAUCACCCUGCUCUCCCCAUCGUGCCCAGCAAAGUCAUGAGCACGAUGUUUGGUAGCAGGGCUGGCCGAGCAGCAAAGCCUAGAAUAGAACGUCAAAGACGCGCGUGCACUUCAUGAGUCGUCCUCGCAAAGGCGCGCACAUAGGCAUUGCUCAGCACAUCAAUGUCGAGUGCAAGGUGGUCUCGAUGGCGAUUGUGUCGGCCCUCCUCGCAGCGCACGGUGACAAAAAGACGUCACUUACUCAAUCACGAUCAGCACCCCUCGAUUGCUAGCGCGAGGAUGGUCAAGAACUCCCAGCAGCAGCUCCUAGAGUUCUGGUUUUGCUACGGUCGUAUCGUCGCAACCCAGGACCAAGACAGUCUUUUGUUGUACGAGCUCAAGCGCUACGUCUUUCUGACGAUCAUCUCAACUAUCCUCACCGGCUCUCUGGUGCCUAUGACCAUCCUCUAUGCUCCUGGCGAGCUUCAAGUCUUGUCAAUAUCCAUUCAGCCAAGACUCUCUCGCAUUGGCGCGGUCGAUGCCGCUGCCGCUUCGCUCUCUCUACAUCACCUCGGCACAUUCGUCACUCGUCACCGCUCUUGUCAUCACCUCGCGGGCUCGCCUCUUGCUCAUGAGCGGCGAUGUCAGCUCUGCUCACCUCCAACGCCUGGCCUGGCCUCGCUAGCGGCAAGCGCGGCGGCGAGCAACCCGGCAGGAAGCAGGGGAAGCCCACUUCGAGAGCCGUCCUGUCCAUGGCGCAAGAGCUCGAGGACUUACGGAACAACCCUCUCUAGAGGCUCGGGAAACGUUGACGCCUUGCGCGCGGACAAAUCUAUAGAACAAGGGCUUAACCUCAGCAGAUCGUAGCAACAAGGCUACUCUACUGCUUACAGUACCCCGUUCCCAUUCAAGUCGUCUGCAAAGGUUCAAGAGACAUUCUAGCUGUCUCCGCUUAAGGCUGGUUAAGGAGCUGGGCAACCUCAUGAAAAGAAUAGACAAGCCCAUCGGCCGGACAAUGGCAGCUCAUACUCCCGUCUGGCCGCGGUCACGCUCUCGAGGGACAACGCGGUCAAGGUAGCAAAGCUCGCAGUGGU